AUGUGGGAUCGGAUUGCAUGCGUUGCAGGGCCGUACUGCAUGCGCCCUCUAUCGCCUCAUCUAGAACUUUGUCUUUCUUUAGUGCCAGUAACGUACUGGUCAGUUUGCGACACAUUCGAUCUGUGGGGUCUUUCUUUAGCGAAUGAGGAUAAAUGGGUUGUUAACCUAUCCUCGAGACAGAUCACCUCCACCGAGGAGCAAUUGCUUAAGAAAGGCCUCGCCUUUGCCGUGUCGCCCCCAAAAUUGCCCAUUACCGAGAUUGUAGCUAAGGUUGAAACCGCGGUCAAGUUUAUUGAUCCAGUUUCGGCCGAUGCCGCACGAAAAGAUGUAGAUUCCAUUCUACAGAGAGCACGUCCUCCGAAACCGAAUACCACAAGAGAGAUGCGUGAUGCUCUUAAGACACUCAAGAAUGAUGAUAGCAUCACAAUCCUCCCUGCGGAUAAGGGUAGUGCCACAAUCAUUCUAGAUAGUACCGCCUACGAAGACAAAAUGACCGAGCUUCUGAGCUCUGGUCCGUAUAAAAUGCUAAAGAAAGACCCCACAGAUCGAAUGUGUCGCAAACUGACCAGUACGUUACUGGCACUAAAGAAAGACAAAGUUCUAGAUGAGGCUACAUACAAAAAGAUAAAGCCCACACAGAAACAGCCACCUAGAAUAUACGGGUUGCCCAAAAUACACAAACCCGGGAUACCUCUCAGACCAAUAGUAUCAUGCAUAGGUUCAUUUGCCUAUAACCUAUCAAAGUACCUGGCGGACAUCCUGUCCCCUCUCACUAACUGCUCAGAACACACGGUUUCCAACUCCAGUGAAUUCGCUGAAUUCACAUCGGAGCAGACAGUUAACGAACAGGAAUCCAUGAUCUCUUUUGAUGUAGUCUCCCUCUUCACUAACGUACCGAUAGAGGGCGCAUGCAGUACGGCCCUGCAACGCAUGCAAUCCGAUCCCACAUUAUCAGAACGUACCACACUUAUGCCCGAACAAAUAGCCGAACUCCUGGAGUUCGUCCUCAGAUCCACAUAUUUUCUGUACAGAGGCUCUUUCUAUGAGCAAACAGAAGGAGCAGCAAUGGGUAGCCCAGUCUCAGCGGUUGUGGCUAACCUAUAUAUGGAAGGUUUUGAACAGAACGCUUUGCCCAAGUGUCCUUCCACAUGCCACCCUCGGGUGUGGAAGAGAUACGUCGAUGACACUUUCAUAAUCGUAAAUAGAUCCGAAACAGACAGCCUACUCUCAUACAUGAAUAGCCAGCAACCGUCCAUCCAGUUCACUCUGGAGACUGAGCAAGGAGGGAAAUUAGCAUUCCUUGACACGCUAGUCCAAAGACACGAGGGCGGGAAACUCUCCACCUCUGUCUACCGCAAGCCCACUCAUACAGACCAAUACAUACCAUUUGAUUCUCAUCACGACAAAUCGGUCAAGAAAGGUCUUGUUAAAUGCCUGUUCGACAGAGCAGCACGUAUCAUAACUCACCCACCUGAACUCCCGAAAGAAAGAGCACACAUACGUGGCGCCUUGUACAGCAACGGCUACCCACGCCGUUUUAUCAAGAACACUUUCAAGAAAAAACUACCACCAAGGGAUCAGAAGGUUUUCAAGACUUGCACAGUCUUGCCAUACAUAGAUGGCCUCUCACAACAACUUAAACGCCGAUUAGAAGGUCACGGUAUCCGAACGGUUUUCCGCUCGGACACCACCUUACACAAACAGCUUGUACACCCCAAAGACCCUAUCCCUGAUCACAGACGUGAUGGCGUAGUAUACAACAUUCCUUGCCAGGGAUGUGACGGGUCUUACAUCGGAGAAACAGCCCGACCGAUAGUUGAACGCAUUUCUGAACACAAGCGCGAUGUUCGGUUACAGCGAACCGACACAUCCGCGGUGGCAGAACAUGCUUGGGAGAAACAACACCACCCAGAUUGGGAGGGUCUUAAGCCAUUGUCAUGGCAACCAAAUAACAUCUAA